AUGCUACUGCACUUUUACACAGCGGUUGUGGAAGGCAAGACGUUACACGAGCUCUUUGGCCUGGCCCCGAGCACGUUUUGUCGAGUGCUUCGUCGUGCCGAAGAAGCCCUCGCGCGGACGCUGAGGCGUAUACCUGACGCGUUAAUCCGAUGGCCAUCGAAGUCAGGGCAAGCUCAUUGGGCCUCCAAAGCAAACGAGCGUGAACCGCUGGUGCAAGGUGUAUUCGGCUUUGUCGACGGCAAGGAUCUGCGUGUGCAAGAGCCAUCCAACGUCGACCUCCAGAAUGCACAGUUUAACGGCUGGCUCCAUUGUGUGUUCGUGACUGGUGUACUAUGCUACGGUCUGGACGGGACAUUGAUAUGGGGACGACAUAACUGCCCUGGAUCUUGGAACGAUGGCGAGAUGAGCCGUGGGCUCCAGGACAUCCUGGCUGACGACACAAAGGUUGGGCCUGGAAUGAAGGUUGCGUCGGACUCUGCCUUCCCUGUGGGUGGCCGAUGUGCUGGUAGAAUCAUCACGCCUCUCAAGGAAGGCGACCUGGAACGCCAACCUGCGAACUGUCGCCUCGCGAUGCAAACCAUAAGCGACUGUAUAACAUCCUUACGGCAAGCCGCUGAGUGGGGGAUGGGCUCAGCGACAAAAAUGUAUCGUCAUCUGCUGCUUCCACUACCGUACAAUCCUGCGUUGCGCUCAGUGCGACUGGAAAACAUAUUUAGACUUUACAACUUUCGAUUGAAACUGCUCGCGGCGCUCAUCUCUGUCCCGACGCUCGGCAUCAGCUUUAAACUCCCGGGUGAGUUGCUCUCUACGCCAAGUUUCUUCACGUCCCAGCCUCAACUCUUCACGAAUUGCGGCACGUUCAUCCAUCGCAGCCAUCAUAGACAUGAAGUCCGUUGUCGCUUUGGUAUCUGCCGCCGCAGCAUUUUCAAUGAACUUGUCGAUUGA